AUGGACGCUGACCCUCCUGUUGCACAAUUUGUAUCGCCAGGCGCCGUGUCAAACGAGAGUACCUUUGACGAAUACGCGGCGAACCCUCGGUUUCAACAACUACAGACUGAGUUGCGUUCGUGGCUGUUCGUCGGAGCGAAUAGCCGCGCCCAUACUCGGGAGAAUAGCCCGAUUGCUCAGACACCCGAAUCUGAUCAAGGCAUCCCGGGAAGGCAAAGGCAGCCUGGACAUCAGCAUCUCUGGGAUCACGUCAGAGACAGUGCUGAUCAGAUCACCGUAGCAAGAAAGAUCAAGUACCUCCACGUGUGGACCACUGAAUGCGCCCCAUGGCUGGACAUGUUUGAUCAAGAGCGACACUUCGGACUACAGGUACCCAUUCUCGCGCAAGACUCGGCCGCCGUUUUCCACGCCUUGCUGGCGGUCGCGGCCCGCACGGCCGAGCGUCGAGGUGGCGUCGAAGGCUCACGCGACAGCCUCGAGUUGUAUUCGCAGGCUAUCUCAGCAUUGACCUCGUCCCUCGAUACCAAUGAACCCAAUGUCAUGGUGACCGCCUGCCUGCUUUGCGUGUUGGAGAUGAUGAGCGUCAGUCCGCGCGACUGGAGACGACACGUUGAAGGGUGCGCCGCACUGUUUGCCUCGUCCGGGGUCAAUGGAUUCUCGCGAGGUCUGUUGCAGGCCGUCUUCUGGUGUUAUGCUCGGAUGGAUCUCUGCGGAGCCAUAAUCGCCGACGGCGCGGAAGCCACAGUCCUCCCCAUCGACAACUGGGUUUUGCUGGACGGUCAUCAUCACCAUGAUGAUGAUCGGAUUCAUGGUUCUGAGGGACCCCCAAGACAAGCAAUUACCGAGCAGUUUCUCCAGAGAGGCCUCCAAUCACUCGACAUGUACGCCAACUAUGCAGUCUACUUAUGCGCCAAGGUUUGCGAUCUCCUUACUCGUCGGACCAGGUGCAUUGAACUCGGAGAAGAUAAUGGCUGCGAUUACGAGACCUUCGAGUCUGAAUGGAGCCAACUGUGGCAAGAGUUACAGAUUUGGGCCUCUGAGCGGCCAAAGGAGAUGACUCCCGUCAAGUCUACCAAGACCGGAACCAAAGGCUCACCAUUCCCAAGGAUCUUCUUCGCCCAUUGGGCGGCAAUAUCUAGCAAUCAGAUAUAUCACACCGCGUGCAUCCUGAUGCUCGAGAUGAAGAUCGGCAAAUUAUUCGACAAUCCAGAGCCCGUCCAUUCCGAACUGUGGCAUGCACGAAGGAUCGUGGGAAUAUCUUUGACCAAUCCACAUCCAGGCUGCAUCAACAAUGCUAUCCAACCUCUAUAUGUGGCUGGCAAGCUCUUUACACAUCGAGAGGAACAGGCCAUCAUCGCAAAUUUGAUUGACUCCAUCGAAGGCCGUACUGGCUGGGGCUCUCGUUGGCGCAUCAGAGAUCUCGAGGCAGUUUGGGGCUACCGUCGCGGUACAUUUACUUGA